GCUGGGUAGUAAUGAAGGUUUUCUUCCUGGAUGUUUCUUCAACUGUCUCGUGAUGGAAGGGAAACAUUUUUGAAGUUAUAAUGGAUUUUACGCAACACAACAAAAACUGGCCUAAUAGCAGCAUUUCUGUUUGAAGAGAAUACGCAUAAUUACAAAUAAUCAUGACAACUUCUCAUAUGAAUGGACACAUCACAGAAGAUUCUGACAGUGAAGCAAAAAAUGUGGAUCUUGCAUCUACUGAGGAACCUCAAAAACACAGAGAAAUGGCUGUUGAUUGCCCUGGGGAUUUGGGCUCCAGGAUGAUGCCCAUGCGGCGGAGCGCUCAACUUGAGCGAAUCCGUCAGCAGCAAGAGGACAUAAGGCGCAGACGGGAAGAAGAGGGAAAGAAACAAGAACUGGACCUUACUGCUUCCAUGAGGCUAAAGAAAUUAGCACAAAUUCCUCCUAAAACUGGAAUAGAUAAUCCAAUAUUUGACACAGAAGAAGGGAUUGUUUUGGAGAGUCCUCAUUAUACUGUGAAGACACUAGAAGUGGAAGAACUGUUAACUUCUCUUAAGCAUAUCCAGCACGUUUUGGUAGACCCUCAGAGCCAAGAGGAUAUCUCUCUCAUUUUACAGCUUGUUCAAAAUAGUGAUUUUCAGAAUGCGUUUAAGAUACACAAUGCUGUUACAGUGCACAUGAACAAAGCCAGCCCUCCAUAUCCUCUCAUCUCCAAUGCACAAGAACUAGCACAAGAGGUACAGAGUGUUUUGAAACCCAGUCACCACAAGGAUGGGCAGGAGCUUAAUGCUUUGCUGAAUGCCCCUCACAUGCAGGCACUUUUACUGGCUCAUGAUAAGGUUGCGGAACAAGAAAUGCAACCAGAGUCUGUGACAGAUGAAAGAAUUUAUGAGAAUGUUGGCGUAUACGGAGGGGAGACAGUUAAAAUUGUUCGCAUUGAAAAAGCUCGGGAUAUUCCAUUGGGUGCUACUGUUCGUAAUGAAAUGGAUUCCGUUAUCAUUAGUCGAAUAGUGAAAGGAGGUGCUGCAGAGAAGAGUGGGCUGUUACAUGAAGGGGACGAAGUUCUGGAGAUUAAUGGCAUUGAGAUUCGUGGAAAAGAUGUUAAUGAAGUUUUUGACUUGCUGGCUGACAUGCAUGGUACUCUGACCUUUGUAUUGAUUCCCAGUCAGCAGAGCAAGCCACCUCCUGCAAAAGAGACAGUCAUCCACGUGAAAGCUCAUUUUGACUAUGAUCCCUCUGAUGACCCUUACGUCCCCUGCCGAGAGUUAGGCCUGUCUUUUCAAAAAGGAGAUAUACUCCAUGUAAUCAGCCAAGAAGAUCCAAACUGGUGGCAGGCUUACAGAGAUGGAGAUGAAGAUAAUCAGCCAUUGGCAGGCCUUAUCCCUGGAAAAAGUUUUCAGCAACAAAGAGAAGCAAUGAAGCAAACCAUAGAAGAAGACAAGGAGCCAGAAAAAUCAGGAAAACUCUGGUGCGCGAAGAAGAACAAAAAGAAACGGAAAAAGGUUUUAUACAAUGCAAAUAAAAAUGAUGAUUAUGACAAUGAGGAAAUUUUGACCUACGAGGAAAUGUCACUUUAUCAUCAACCAGCAAAUAGGAAACGACCUAUUGUUCUGAUUGGCCCACAGAACUGUGGCCAAAAUGAAUUGCGGCAGAGACUUAUGAAUAAUGAAGUGGAUCGCUUUGCCUCUGCAGUUCCCCAUACUACUCGGAGCAGGCGAGAGACAGAAGUAGCUGGCAGGGAUUACCAUUUCAUUUCCCGACAGGCAUUUGAGAGUGACAUAGCUGCGGGGAAGUUCAUUGAAUAUGGAGAGUUUGAAAAGAACCUGUAUGGUACUAGUAUAGACUCCGUGCGGCAAGUAAUCAACUCUGGCAAGAUAUGCCUUUUAAAUCUUCAUACGCAGUCACUGAAGACACUACGUAAUUCUGACUUGAAGCCAUAUAUUAUAUUUGUUGCACCACCUUCACAAGAGAGAUUACGUGCGUUAUUGGCCAAAGAAGGGAAAAACCCGAAGCCGGAAGAGCUGAGAGAAAUCAUAGAGAAGACAAGGGAGAUGGAACAGAACAAUGGCCACUACUUUGAUACAGCAAUUGUGAAUUCUGAUCUUGAUAAGGCGUAUCAAGAGUUACUUCGGUUAAUAAACAAACUUGACACAGAACCCCAGUGGGUGCCCUCUACCUGGUUACGAUGAGAGAGCAAUUCCAAGGGACAAAUGGACUUCAAUCUAGUACUCUUUCCAAGGACAUCGUGUGUAGGUCUGCCCAAUUCCAGUAUAAAUGUGUGUGAGCUCUAGACCUCAGUGGCUGCAUCCUUUGCCAGUGAAAUUGCGUAUUAUUGAAAAAAUACGCUAAACAGCUUGUGAGCCGAUUUAACUGAUCUAAAGAUUGACCAAGUUUUCUUUCUCGGUGGUCUAGAAAUGGAGACCUUGACUAAAUUCUAAAGCUUUAGAUAGAUUUUUCUAGCAACUACUUUUAUACAUAAAUCUACCUUUUUUUACCUAGAAUCACCCUUACGAAAUCAAAGAUUUAAAGUGUGUGUGUGUAUAUACAGUCAAUGCUGUCACAUAGUUAUAAAUAUGAAUGUUAUUUAACACUUAACUUAAUGACUUUGUGGGA